AAUGUAAACUAAACUCUACAUCUGCGUGGCACUCUCUCCGACCAGCACAGCUGUUAGCAGGUGGUGUCGCCGUUAUUUUAGCCGUUUAAUCGAUCCUUUUCGUGCCACUGGACAUUAGCCGAGCUUUCAUUCAAGCGACGGAGAGAUGAACCAUGAAGAAUAACGCCGAUGGACACCUGUAAUAGUUGGUGGACCACGUGAUGGUUGUGAUGACUAGGAAAAUGGGCUUAGAAACAUGGAGGAAUGUUUUCGCUGUGUCCGCUGCCUUGCUGAGUGUCGUUCCGCAAGUGCAAGCUUAUGGACACCACUUCAUGCAACGCGGGGAGCCUAUGGAUUCUGCGACGUACACAAAGACAUUCACGAUGCCUGGCGUUACUCCGAAGGUGUCUGAUGCGUAUAUGUGCACUGCUAUGCCUCUGAACGAGACCGUAGAAGAAUGGGUGGUGAAGUUCGAUCCCAUGGCAUCUGCUAGCCGCGCCCACCACAUGCUGCUUUUUGGGUGCACCGACGUUCCAGUGGAGAAUCUUAGGAGAGGGGCUUGGGACUGUGGUCACCAUGGUGUAUGCACAGGAGGCAGAAUUAUGUACGCCUGGGCUAAAAAUGCACCUGCCACCCAUUUGCCAAACAAUGUGGGUUUCCGGAUUGGAGGACAGUCGGGAAUUCGCUACCUCACCCUUCAAAUCCAUUAUUCACAACCUUUGCCUGAUGGUCUAAAGGAUUAUUCAGGGUUGCAGAUGGAAGUUACAACUCAGGAACAAACCUAUAAGGCAGGUAUAUACCUGUUAAUGGCUGGUUUUGCUGAUAUUCCUCCUCAUUCACCAAAAACAAAUGUUGAUGUAAACUGUGUGGUUGGAAGCUCUGAACCAAGUGACAUCAACCUUUUUGCCUAUCGUGUACAUGCUCAUGAAUUAGGUGCUGUUGUAACAGGCUAUCUGUACAACCCAAAGACUGACGAAUAUACCGAGAUUGCUAAAGGUAACCCUCACUGGCCACAAGCAUUCUACCCGAUGAAACACGUGCAUCAUGUGUCAGUGGACGACAUAUUGCAUGCGAGAUGCACAUACAACUCUACAUCACGGUUUACUCACACUUACAUAGGAGGUACGUCAUCAGAUGAGAUGUGCAAUUUAUACCUGAUGUAUUACACGAAUAGAAAUACAGGUUCAGAGACUGGUGGAUGUGGACUGGAGAGUUUUGAAGAAAUUACAAGAAAUCUCCCUCUUGACAGUGAUGUUCCAUUACCUCCAAAUCCCCUUCUAGAGGAACAUGCUCAUGGCACACAUACUAACCAUAAAGAAGAAAUUACUUACAAUACAGUUGUCAACAGUGACAUUGAAAUGGAAAAGAAAGCUCACUCUCGUAAAAAUCCGCAACCUGGAUAUGAUUAUGGGAAUUAUGAUUAUGUAGACUACCCAUACCAGCAACGACCUAGACCACCUAGUCGAAGCUGGACACCCCAAAGACCCACCUUCAGUGGUGGAGGGUUUCGAGAUAACAAAUAUCCGGCACGGCCAAAACAAAUUCAGUACAAUGAGUAUGAUGAACCUAACAACUUUGGACAGACAUCACAGCUGCCACAGGGCAGACAGAUGCCAAAGGAUGUACAAGAGCCAGUUUUGGUUGAAUCUUCUAGGAAGGAUAAGCAGUUGAAAAUUUCAGGUUACAAAGUAUUAUCAGAGUGGAGUCAAAAAGAGCUAAAAUAUGGUCAGGUUGUAGCAGUUGCUUUAGAUUCUAAAGGUGAUGUUGUCGUCUUCCACCGUGGUGAGCGAGCUUGGGAUGGAUCUACAUUUAUAGGCAACAAGUUGCGUGAUACAAAAACCACAAUCUCACAGCCUACCCUGAUCCAUCUGAAUAAAGACAGCGGGCAGAUAAUGGAUAGAUGGGGAGAAAACUUCUUCUUUGUACCUCAUGGAUUAACUCUUGACAAAGAUGACAAUAUUUGGGUAACUGAUGUUGGUCUUCAUCAAGUUCUUAAAUUCCCCCCGAAGUAUGGAAACGGAACCCCACUCUUGACACUUGGCACAAGAUUUGAACCAGGAAGUGAUGAUACCCAUUUCUGUAAGCCAACAGGAGUAGCUGUAUUGACCAGUGGUGAAUUUUUCGUAUCAGACGGUUAUUGUAACUCACGAAUUAUAAAGUACUCAGCUGAUGGGAAAAUCUUGUUCCAAUUUGGAAAGGGAACUAGCGGUGGCUUUGGAGGAUUUGGAAUCAGUUCUCCGCCUCCAGCAACCUUCAGUAUACCUCAUGCUCUGACCUUAGCAGAAAGUCAGGGGGAACUGUGUGUUGCUGACAGAGAAAAUGGCAGAGUUCAAUGCUUUACCAUUGAACAAGGAAAAUUUGCAAGGCAAUUCAAAUUUGAUGGCUGGGGCAGUCGACUUUUCUCCGUCAGUUACACUCCAGCCUACGGAGGCAAGUUAUUUGCUGUAAAUGGACCUCAAAUGUUCACCACACAGAAGGUGCUAGUUUUUGAAGUAGACUUCACUUCUGGUGAACUGCAAGGUGCCUUUAGUCCAAACAAUCAGGGCUUAAGCAAUCCUCAUGAUAUCGUGGUGUCUUCUGAUGGUGCUGAUGUGUUUGUAGCAGAAAUAGGCCCUAAUAAUUUAUGGAAAUUUGAAUUAGAAUCUGUGACCCGGGCCAGUACAAAAGCUCCAAAUGUUUCACAUCCUGCAAAGAUAGAAAUCAAACCUGAAAGCCUAUCAGAAGGAACAGCAAAGGCUAUCAAAUCAACAAUAACAUUUGGUAGCAAAUGGUCCUCAGCUGGAGUUUCGACAGUCGUUCUUGGCCUUUUAGCUGUCCCCAUUGUUGUUUUGACUACUCUUACUCUUAUCAUACGUGCUCGCAGAAAUGGACGUUUUCGAAUGGGAAGCCUCAGUAAUGGAACUCUGAGCUCUUCUAUUCGUGGCAUCCCUUCCAAGCACAAAAAUGGCCUGAACUUAGGUUCUCUUCUCAACAAGCACCAAGGAUUUGAGAAAGUUGCAACAGAAGACCUGGAUCACGAUGCACCUGAUUCAGGAGACUCGGACAUAGAAGAAUUCUCCCAAGUUGCCACGAGAGCCUGAAGAGGCCACUUAUAAAUCCAUUUUUAGAAAGUAGUUAUGUAUAAAGAGACCAGUUAUUUUUGUUUUAGUUUUUGUAAAUGGUUUUGAGAUAUUUUAAAAAGUACUUAGCGAUGCUAAAUCUUUUUUACUCGAGUACAGUAUUUUUCUAAACUUAUGACAAAAAUUGAAGCAUGACCACUGCAAUCCCUUUUAUUCUGGCAGCAUUCAAGCAUAUUAGUGUAGAAUGAUACUUAGUUCAUAUUAUUGCCAUACCAUAGGUAAUGAUUCAAAUGAAGUUUAUUAGACAACUUCACAUUAGCUCAUGUAGAUUUAAAGUAUAUAGUAUCAGGUAUUACUGUAAUGUCUAGUAGGUUUCAGGAUGUAUGGACAUACAUUCUUUUAUAUAGUCUUGCACCUGUAUAGAAAUGUUUUCACUCACAGAGGAUUCCUAUUUAUUCACCGAUCUUGUAACCUAUUACGUAUUAAGACAGUAUACCUUUCAUAAUGUUGGCUAUACUGUACUGUAGUAAUUUAAAACUGAAUACAUUAUCUUAGGGGACUGCAAAGUUCCACACUUCUUUGAGCAAGUAUGAAGGGGAUGCACUAGCAAGUAUAUUACUGUAUAUAGGAUCAUAUAUAGGAUCAUAUCAGCAUUUUGUGUGAUUAUAGAGAAUUUUAUGUGAUAUAUAAAAAGGAUCAUGUUUUUAUCAUAGGAUACACUUAAGGCCGUUAUACUAAAAAUAUUCCUUGUUUACAAGUAAUAUGCCUAUUCACUUUGUAUAUAAACACAACAGUAUAUUGUACAGAAGGGUUAACAGUAGUGUAAGUUUUUUCCCCUCACAAGGUAACCAGAUGCCAGUUUUUAGCCUUAACACUACUUUUUCCCCAAUUCUUUAUUGUUAUACCUAGCACAGGGAUGAAUGGAAGUACGUACAAAUUGGAAGUCCGUAAGUUAUAAAUUUUGCAAAUCAUGUAAAUCCUUAGUGGUAAAAGCACUGGGUGGGUAAAUAUUUUCUUUUUCAUCUAAAGAUCUUUGAAUAAAAAUUAAACUAAGUCAUACCAACUUUCAGGGCAAUUAUUUUAAACAAUCAUACAAAGCUAUGUGAAUCAAACUCUAGGUAGCCUAGGAUGAUAGGCACCUACCUUAGGCAAGAGGACAGUAAUUUGCUUAAAAGAUAUAGUCUACAUGUUAUGAACUAAAGUUUGAGACAAUGUUGUUGGGAUCAUGAAUUUUGUUCCAAAUACCACCACUACAGCCAAUUUUGAAAACAUUUAAAUCUAGAUGAAUAUUUAUUGCAGUACAAUAAAAAUGACUUCAUUAGAAGAAACCUUGCCUCUGAUAAUUUCAUUUCAAUUUGAGUUUCUCUAUUUUGCCAAGUUCUAUAGUACAGAAUAAUUAGUGACAACAACAUAUAUAAGCUUACUUUUCUUCUCAUUUUACAUGCAUUCAGAGGUGCUAAAUUUUCUCAUUUUACAAGAUUAAGAUUGAAAACUUUGAGUUAUGCAGUAAUCCAAAUUAUAUAUUCAUUAAAAACCACACAUGUUGGAUUAAAAGUACUUUAGCAGCUUAACAACCUACUCUGAAAAUGCAGUUCAUGUAAAUUUUGGAUACCUCACAUCCAUUGUUAACCUAGUAUAAUCUAUUCACAGUAAUCAUGCCACCAUGUCAGCUUUCAAAGCUAAUCUAAUUCAUAUGAUUAUUAAAAUAUGUAACUAUUUAAUAUCCUUAGUCUGCUUUGAAGCUGUAGAUGACAAAUGUUGCCAACUAUUUAUUGAGGUGAUAACGCUAUAUAAAUGUUUUGUGAAUACUAUGUAUAAUCCUGAAACUCAAGAUGCCAAACUCAAGUCACUCAAUUAUUCAAGUGCUUAGAUGAGAGACAAAAGGGUAUUUGAAUUACAUGUAGGAAGCAACAGCCACAAUAUACACAUUUUAUACAAUAAUUUUCAGCCAUACCGAAGGUACAGUACAUGUAUAGUUGUACAAACAGUAAAGAAGUUUACAUUGCCCAGACAUGUUUUAUACCUUUAGUAUAAAAAAUUAUUGCAUACGUAUACUUUUAACAAAUUUUUGUAAGCUUAAACUCUGUGCAUUAUUAGUUACCUGGAAUGCAACUUUACAUAUUCAUUGACAAUAAUAUAUUCAUUCUUCUUCUUCCUAGCUUAAACCCAUUUUUAUAUGGGGUCGCCAUUACGAAUGAGUCGUCUCCAUCGAUUUCUGUCUUGUGCCUCGUUCUCAUUUAUACCUUUCAAUUCCAUAUCUUCCCUUACACAAUCACGCCAUCUCUUUCUUGGUCUUCCCUUCUUCCUUCUACCCUGCACUUCCAUUUCCAUCGUAUGUCUUCCAACAUGACGUUCCUCCCUUCGUAACAGGUGUCCAUACCAUCGAAGCCUUCCUUCCUGUAUUUUCUUCGAUAUUUCAGCUACCUUUGUUGAUCCUCUUAUAUACUCAUUUCUAAUCCUAUCUUCCCUUGUUACUCCCGACAUCCAUCUCAACAUUCUCAUUUCUGCUACAUCCAUCUUCUUCUCCUCUGUUUUCCUCAUACUUGCCGUUUCUGUUCCAUAUAACAUUGCUGGUCUGACCACCGUCCUAUGGAACUUUCCUUUCAAUUUCAGAGGGACCUUCUUGUCACAGAGUACCCCUGAUGCAGACCUCCAAUUAUUCCAUCCUGCCUGAAUUCGGUGUCUCACCUCUUGGUCCAUGCUUCCACUAUCCUCCAAUACGGACCCUAAGUACUUGAACUUCUGUACUUUCUUUAUUUCUUCCCCACCCAAUCUUAUGCUACUUCCACCGUCCUCAGUAAUACUAGAACACAUAUAUUCGGUUUUUGAUCUGCUUAUUCUCAUUCCUCUCUCCUCAAGUGCUGCUCUCCACCUCUCCAACCUCCCCUCCAACUCCUCCUUCCCCUCUGAACACAACACAAUGUCAUCCGCGUAUAAUAUGCACCAUGGCACUGCUUCUCUAACAUCCCUGGUCAUUACAUCCAUCACGAUGUUGAAGAUGAAUGGGCUAAGUGCUGACCCCUGGUGUAAUCCAACUCCUAUCUCAAAUCCAUCCGUCUCACCAACACUACUCCUCACUCUAGUAUACACAUUCCUGUACAUCUCCUGAAUAAUUCUGACAUACUUUUCCGGCACCAUCUUCUCCCUCAAACAUCUCCAUAUUUCUUGCCUUGGCACUCUGUCAUAGGCCUUUUCAAGGUCUAUGAAUACCAGAUGCAGGUCUCGUUGUUUUUCUCUGAAUUUCUCCAUUAGCUGCCUUAUGCAAAAUAUUCCAUCCGUUGUCCCGCUUCCCUUCAUAAAUCCUAACUGUUCCUUCCCUAUUCUAACUUCCUCUCUCAGCCUGCUAUCUAUGAUUCUUUCCAAAAUCUUCAACGUGUGAGACAUUAGUUUUAUACCUCUAUAAUUACUGCAUUCCUGGACAUCACCUUUACCUUUAAAUAUAGGUAUCAAUAUGCUUUCCCGCCAUUCUUCUGGUAUCUUUUCCUGUUCGAAUAUUUUUACCAUCAGAUCAUACAAGAUGUCUACCCCUUCCUCUCCUAAGGCUUUCCAAACUUCGACUGGGAUUAAGUCAGGUCCUGUUGCCUUCCCAUUUCUCAUUCUUUUUAAGGCUCGUAUCACUUCAUCCCUAGAUAUCCCCAUUACCAUUCCCAUGUUUACUUGUCCAUCCUCUCUUACAAGUCUUUCAUUUUCUUCAUUUAGCAGUUGUUCGAAAUACUCUUUCCAUCUUUUCAGGAUGUCUUCUUCCUUUUUUACGACAGUACCAUUCCUAUCUUUCAUUUGCUUAAUAAGGGUGAUGUCCUUUGUUCUUUUUUUUCUUACUUUUGACAGUUUGAGCAUCUUACUCAACCCUUCCUUGGUUUCCAGAUUAUUAUAAACCUCUUCAUAUGUCCUUGCCUUAGCUUGAGCUACCACCCUUUUUACUUCUUUGUUUCUUUCUCUUAAUCUUUCUCUGUCCUCCUGCAGCUGUGACUCUUCAAAUCUCUUCUUUGCCUCCCUUUUACCUUUCACCACUUCCCCCACCAGCUCUCCUUUUCCUCCCAUACUAUUCCAGAUGUUUCCCCUAGUAUCUCCUUUCCAUGUCUUCUAAUCACUGAUGCAUUAUGCCUCCACCAUUCUCCCACAUCUUCAAUUCCCAGAUCAACCUCUCCCAGCACUCUUCUCCUGAACUCUCUCUUCUUAUCAUUAUCCCUCCCUAACAAUUUAUACCACUUGAUUUUCUUUACCCCAUUCGUUUUCGUUUUCUUUUCUCUUUUCAUCUUUAAAUCCAUACAAAGGAGCCUAUGUUGGGGGGCCACGUGGUCACCUGGGAUAACUUUACAAUUCCUAACUUCCACCAGCCUUGAUCUAUUGUAAAGGAGGUAAUCUAUUUGUGUGCAUCUACCGCCACUCCUGUAUGUUAUCAAGUGCUCCCUCUUCUUUUUGAAGAAUGUGUUCACUAUUGCCAUAUCAAAGGACACGGCAAAGUCUACUAUACUCUCUCCUUCUGGGUUUCUCUCCCCAAUCCCAUGUCCUCCAUGCACACGUUCAAUUACAUCCUUUUCAUUUCCGACAUGUCCAUUAAAGUCUGCCCCCACUACAGUCCUCUCCUGCUCUUCCAGUUCUUGCGUUACCUCACUCAUUUCGUUCCAAAAACGGCUCUUUUCUUCCUCUGUGCAGCCCACUUGUGGAGCAUAAGCGCUAAUGAUGUUCAUUGUUUCCCCUCCAUAACAUAUCUUCACUCUCAUAAUGCGGUCAUUCUUUCUACUCACUUCCGUCACUGCAUUCUUCAUUUCCCCCGACAACACUACUCCAACGCCAUUCCUACCCUGCUCAUUUGCUCCACUAUAGAUUAACUUAUAGCCAUCCCCCAGUUCUUUAGCUUUAUUACCCUUCCAUCGAGUUUCCUGCACACACAAAAUAUCCACUCUCUUUAUCCUCAUUAACUCUGCCAAUAUUGAGCUGGCCUAUUCUGAUCACAUUUAGAGCUCGCUUCUUUAGCUGCACCCGCUCAUGAUGCAGUAGCCCUCGCCUUGUCACAGAGUUAGGGCGAUGUGUCUGUGCGUCGUUUACGGAGUACGCCCUAGCCCUAUUCUCAUCAAUAUCACGACUCAUUCCAUUGGUUUUGGCGUGGGUUUUUACAGUCGGAUGCCCUUCCUGACACCAACCCUCCCUAUUUAUCUGGGCUUGGGACCGGCACCCAUUGAGGUAUGUAUACUCUGGUAAUGUUUACAGUUGAUAAUUACCAAUGAAAGAUUAACAGUCCUUUUGUUACACCCAAAAAUAUUUGAAUUAUGUAGUUUCAGUUAACUGAAUUGUCCUUUUGGUGUAAACUACUUGGGUUGCAAGAUUUUUCACAUUGGUGUUUAAGUAUAGAAACUUAUUCACGAGCUAUGGAUCUCCAGUUUUGAAAACUAUUUACUUCGAAGGCUUACGAGCCAGAACGUUUAAAUGAAAAAUUUUGAGAUCUUAAAAUUCUGCAAUUACCCAGAAAGAAUUGCAGUUAUUAAAACUCAUGGUAGUUACAGUGCCUCAAGUGACGUGGUUGGUGUGGUCUUUGCCUGCCACCUCAGUGGCUGCGAGUUCAAUUCUUGGGCAUUCCAUUGAGGGGUCAGAGAUGUAUACUUCUGGUGACAAAGUUCACUCUUGACGUGGUUCGGAAGUCACGUAAAGCCGUUGGUCCCGUUGCUGAAUAACCACUGGUUCCAAGCAACGUAAAAACACUAUACAAAAAACAAUCAUGGUAGCUACAGAUUUCUAAUUUGUGCAUUUGCAAAAAAUUCACAUAUGGUGAAACCUUAUUGUAUUAAGAGGGUAGUAUAAAGUUGAACCUUUUCUUUUUCUCCCAAAAUGUACAUUACACUGAAUAAGCUUAGUCAAACUCCUAUUCACCACUAAUAUCAAAUUUAGUUGGUAGAUUACAAUUUUGAAUCUGAAAGCAUAUGCAAUUUGAAAGUAUUAAUUAAAUUGAGACAUUUUUGUGAGGCAAUACUAUCUCAAAAUAUUAUUAUUUGUGUGUUUCAGGAUUUAUUUUUAUUCUUAGAAAAAAAAUUAUCACUUGAAAACUUUUGUUGCAUUUCCUAGAAAUUUUGAACUUUGGUUGCUAUAAAGAUUGGGAACCUGACAAUUUCUUUUUCUCAUUUUGUGACUUUUUUUUUCAGUCCUAUAGCCAUUUGAUAUUCAAGGUGAUACACUGCUAGUCAUUUAAGUAAAGUUCUUUUAACUUCCAGAGAGAGAAUUAUGGUGUCGUGGCUUAUGCUUUCUAUGAACCAUACACACACUGCCUUGCUGCAUCAGCAAGGUAUAGGGGGGAACAAUUUUGUAAGUUAGAAGCAGUUACAUUACCUAAAGCAAAUAUACUUAUUCAAAAACCUGUGUAUUUAAAGGUUUUUUUCUUUGUUUGAAUGGUUUUCUGUCAUUUUACAAUUAAACUUAAUUCCUCAGUACAGUAAGUGAUAAAACUGGUUAUCAACCUCAGUGAAUAAAAAAAUGCGAGGGAGAUCAUAUAAGUGUACUGUGUUUCUUACUUUUACAAGGCUACAUUUAGCAUUCCAAAUUUUAUUUUUUGAGUUUUCAUUAUACUAAAUUUUUUAAGAAGUUUUCUAUGAUUUUCUUUAUAAGUCUUAUAUAUGCAGGCCUAAUAAAAUGUUGAAAGGAAAAAUUAUACAUAACCACGCAGCAUCAAAGCUAUGCUUUAAUUAGCUAAGGACUUACAAAACAAUGCUCUUUGUGGUUCCAAGUAUAAAGUGCAGUACCUUUUAUAUGUAAAAUGGUGCUGUGAUUAUGAAUGUAUAUAUAAAUAUGGUGGUCAUAGUUCCAGUUAAAAUGUUCCAUAUUUCUACAAGUAACUUAACUAAGUGCCAAGGGUUAUUUAAUAUGAGAGGGCAGUAUUAGCACUGGUGUGGUGAGUAGCUUAGGGACAGCUUAGCUGUAAAAAAAAAUUUUCACUGUUGUUAUGCUAUGUUUACACUGAACAAGACAUUCUUAUAGAUUUUCAAACGUUCCAGUUUAGUAGUAAAUUAUUUAUUGAUUGCUGGGUUUAGAAUUUUCAUUUAAAUAAAUCAGUAUUAAUCUUGAAUCGUUAACCAGACCACCGAGUUAAAAUACUUAACUCUCAUAGGGCUGGCCUCAUUUAAACUCGUCAUAAGUGUACAAAUUCUGGCACAAAAACUUCAAAGGAUAAUCGAUUGUUCUCGAUAUGUUAUGUAUAGGAUUUUGAAGUCUAUACUUAAGUUUUUCUCGUAACUUCGAUUCCUUUCAAAUUUCCCCUCUUAUGUUCGGUUAUAGAUUUAUCUAUAUGAUUAAUAUAUUUUUUGUAAUUGAUUUUUUCUCAGUUUGAAGCUACCAUGUAUUUCCACUAAAAAGUUUGUUUUAUUUUUUUACAGAUUUAUAUAUAUUGAAAUGUAUUAAAUGUUUCAGAAUACUUGGUUGUGAAUGACAAAUGAUAAAUGUGUACUAAUAGACCUGACAUUAAAAUAUAUUCAGUUCAUAAUAGUACAGUUAUUGUAAUGUGUUAACAUAGGUUAAUUUUAUGAAUUUUAAAUAAAAGAUAUCCAUAUGCA